UUCUAAAAAAACAACAACAUACCUAGUGUACUCUCACAAAGUGGGGUCUGGGAAGGGUAAAGUGUACGCAGUCCAUACCACUACAUCAGAAGAAGUAGAAGAAGUAGAGAGGCUGUUUCCAAUAGACCCCUGGCUCUUAUUUCCUUUUACAACAUUGACUUAAUUCCUCCGGAACCGUAUGUUUUGCAGCACUAGGUUUAUGAUUUCACUUGUGAGGAUUUCAAUUAGAAGAGCUGCAAACACUUUGAAGCAUCUAUUAUCCUCAGUGAUCAUUUUUCUGAUUAUUGUUGCAUAUUCAGUCUGGUCCGUAGUAGUAGAGAAUGACACCCGCAACGUAUUGUCCUACUCACGAUAGGACGCUUCCACCACCAAAUCAAGUCAUUUGUUCAGAAGCCAAAAAUAUACUUCUGAGACACCUAGAGCAGCGUGCUGAAGAGAAGUUGAGACCAAAGCGAGCUGCGGCUGAAAAUCUAGCACCAGAGCAUGGAUCGAAGCAUCAUAGGGUAUCCACUUGAGACGCUUCUCUUUACGUGCUACUGUGGGGUCGGGGAAGAACAUGAGGUAAUGCAAAUUGUGGUGGUUGCGAACGGGACGAUACACAACUUUGUUUUAGAAGAUUAACUAACUUAUAAAUAGGUUAAAUCUUCUGGUUUUGCUGCAUAUUUCUGUAAAUAUUUGUUGUAAUGAUGCAGAUGCAUGUUGUAAAACUCUGAAAGAGAUUGUUUGCAAAUUGUCAUUUAGCAAAUGAGAUGUGCACAUAAUGAAAAUGUUAUGUUGGUUGA